GCGUGCGGCGAAUGCUUUUGCCUUUGCUGCCAUUUUUAGUACAACAAAACAGUGUCAUGGAAUCCACGCAUUGGAGCAUGCUGCGAUUCUCGGACUGAAAGAUGCCCGUUGAGUGAGUGCAGAAGUCGCAAAGUGCGGAGAAUAGCUUCCUUGAGUGACUGAGAAGGAUUGGGAAGAGCCAGAAUGGAUGCUGGCAUGCUGAAGGAGCUGGAAACGGCUGCCCAACUGGUGAUGGAUCCCCAGUUGGGCACGCAGGAGCAACGAAAGGCGGCCGAGGCGUUGAUAAUGAACUUCCGGAAGAUGAAGAAUCCCUAUGAGAUGUGUCGCCACAUUCUGGAGACGUCCACUGUGGAUUUGGUGCUGUUCGAGGCGGCGGAUCUGCUGAAGACGGCGCUGGUGUACGAGUGGGAGUUCCUGCAGGAGCAGGAUCGCGCGGCGAUGAGGCAGUAUCUGUUCAACUACGUCAUGAGCAGGGAGAUGAAGCCCUUCGUGCGGGAGAGAAUCCUGCUCGUGGUGGCGAUCAUGAUCAAGAGGACGAGCAUCGCGGACUUUGGGGCGGAGCGCACGGCGAUCCUGGCGGAGUUCCAGCAGAUCUUCACUGAGGGCGAUGCCAAGCAGCAAUAUCUCGUGUGCCGCAUGCUGAUGGCCAUGAUGCAGGAGUACAUGACGACUAUCAAGUCGGAUGACUCGGGCCUGACGUUCGAGGAUCACUUCAGGGCGAAGAAGCAGUUCGAGAACACGUCGCUGCAGAAAGUCUUCCUGGUGAUUCUGAAGGCGCUGGAGAAGCUGAAUGAGAACUUCGAUGGUGGGAGUGGCGUGCAGGUGCUGUGCCUUGAGUUCCUCUCCAUCAUGGAGAUCAUCCUGUCCUGGGGUUACAUCACUGCCUCGCCGAUCUUCUCCAAGCGCCUCAUUGGGCUCUUCGAGAUGGCCUUCAAGAUCGAGCAGACGCCCUCGCUGCGCCUCAAUCUGCAGUGGGAGGAGACAAUGCUGGAGCCGAGCGUGGUGAAGUUGUUCUUCGACAUCUACUGGAAGUGUCGCUCGUGCCAGGAUCUGCAGGGCAAGGCGGCGAAUUGUCUGGUGCAGCUGGCGACACUCAAUGGCCCCAUCAUGGGCAAGAAGGAGAACAAGGUGAAGUACGUGAUCAACUACUUCACCAACUACCUCCAGCUGAUGUCCAGCAUUGAGCUGAAGCGCGAGGAGUGCAUCCCACUCACUGCCAUCUGUCGCAAGGUGUUGUUCUACAACCAUAAGCCCGGACUGGAGGAGUUUCCGCAGGAUCUCGUGGCGGCUGUCCUGCAGCGCAUGUUCCAGCUCACGUGCACGGUGGCCGAGCGGACGGUGCAGGAGGACUUGAUGGCGUGCGAGGAAGGCGACGCAGUGUAUGCCGAGGGUUUCACGAAUCUCCUCGAAGCCUGGCUCACGAUUCUGCAUGGCAAGGAGUCUCUGCCGAAUGGCGUGCUUACGCCGUAUCUCAUGGAGAUCUUCAAUAAGUAUCUGCAGUGUCACUUGUCGCCGCCGGACGGCGUGCGGCCGCUGGUGGAGGCGGACUUUAGCGAGGUGUACGAGCAUGACACGCCCGACAGGGAGAAGUACAGGGAGCAGUUGAUCAUCAUUGGGACAUUCGGCCGGGAAUUCCCACAGCACUCGCUGCCUGUGCUGGCGAAACUCCUCGAGGCGAAGGUUCACAUGUUGCGCGAGCAAUUGCAGCAGAUGCACAGCAAUAUGGCGAAUGUGGACGCCACUCGGCUGUCGCCGGUGUUUGAGGAUCUGCACUGGCUGCUGCUCAUCACCGGUUAUGUGCUGUGCACGGAGGCCGAGGGCGAGCAGUCGCUCAUUCCGUCUGAGAUCAUGGCGCACAGCAUACAGCAAGUGACGACUGGCGGAGCGGACAUAACGACGAGUCUCAAAGUCCUGGCCUCGCCAGCUUCUAGCAUCUUCGAGAUUCCCACCGCCGAACAGACGGCAGAUCAUGUGAUCCGGAUUGUGGCCGCUGUGUUGAGGUACUGUGAGAUUGAGCAGAGCGCCAUUGAGGCGAAGAUGACACACUUGCUGAGCCCCGAAGUGAGCGCCAGCACGGUGUGGUUCCUCCGGUUCUGGGCCAAUUCCUACCUUCUGCCGCAGCCGGAGUGCUAUGCCAACAUGAGCGAGAGCCUGAAGGCCGCCUUCGGGCUGAACACGCCCGGUGGAGAGUGGACGAUGAACUACUUGCUGAAGAAGAUCUACGUGAAUGUGCAGAGUUUCACUGGUGAGCUGGGCGUGAUUGAUGAUUCCAUCAAGCUGCUGGUGUCGCUGGUGAGGCGGAAUCACAAGUGCGAGGUGGCUUUCAAGGCGGAGUACUUCAAGUCUGUGCUGGAGCUGAAAAAUUUGCCGCUGCCGGUGCAGAUCAAGAGUGGUUUGCUCAUGAGUCUCAUCGUCACGGCGUCGUGCAUUCAGGAGAAGCCGCUGCGAGAGCAGUACUUGCGCGAGUUGAUUCAGCCAAUUUGCGCCAGAUUCGCCGAAAUCACCACCGCAGAAACGAAGAACAAUCCACUGUUCGUGCAGAAGAUCCUGUACAGUCUGAAUGAGGUGAAGGCGUGCUUCGAGGGUGGCGCAAUGGCCACAAUGCCAUUUGUCUUCGAGAGUUUCGAGCCUGUUCUCACGGCGCUGGUGAAUCUGCUGGAUUAUCUCCACAAUUCUGUGCAGGUUGUGGAAAUUGUACUGGAGUUGCUCUGCAAAGUUGUCCAGGCGACGUUCUUCCUCAAUCCCGAGGACACACAGAAAAUCUACGAGGUGUGCAUGGGUGUGCUGCAAGUGUAUGUGAAGCACAACAGCAAUCGCUUCAGUCUGGACGUGACGAGUGAUGAGGACAAUCUGCAGGAUUUGCUGCUGCUGCUGAAGCUGAUGAACUACUUGCUGUCGAAGAACUUCUUCGAACUCACAGAUUCAGCCAAUACCAUCGAUAGUUCUGAGUUUGUCAUCUACGGACUCACGUUCCUCAUGCCAAUGAUCACCACGGAUUUGCUCAAGUAUCCCAACUUCUGUAUGCAAUUCUACCAGACCAUCAGGUUCUUCGUGGAGACCAAAUCGCACAAGGUUUGCACUCUCCAUCCGGACUUACUGACGAAGCUGAUGGCGUCAAUUGAGAUGGGCUUGACGUCCUUCGGGUCAGAGGUGCAAUCCUACUGUCUGGACUUCCUACAGAUCCUGGCCAACACUGUGUACUUCGAUCAGAAUCCCGAGUCCUUCAUGUACACAGCGCUGAUGCCGUUCCUUAAGCUCCUGCUCGAUCUGAUCCUCACGCAGCAAGUGGACUCGGUGAACAAGACGGAGUGCAGCAAGGCGCUGUUCUCACUCAUUUGCUGCUAUAAGGAGAAAUUCGUGGAGCUGGUGAGCAGUAUUCUGCAGUCGCAGACGAAUCCUGUGCACGCGGGAAAGCUGUCGGCGGAAUUCCGCGAGUUGACCAAUAAUGUUGAUCUGGUGAACAAUCGCUUCUCGCAAUUUCGCUUCACGGAGAGAUUCGAUAAGUUCCUCGUCAACAUUGGCUUCAUGUAUUCAAAUUGAGUUGCUGAUUUUGCAUUUCAACAUAAUUCAGCAGACAAAACAUCUCAAUCGUCCUCUUUUUUUCUAUAUUAUAGAUGAAAAAUAUAAUAAUUGAUUUUGUGAAGAUGCUUUAUGAAAAUAAGAUAAAUCGAUGAGAAAAAUCAAAUGCUGUUUUUCACAUCAAUUGAGAACACCUUGAACGACUGCUCUUGUGCUCUUUUGGGCUGUUCUUCAAUGAGACAAUGUGUGAUAUCAGUUCACUAGA